AUGCACCUUUCCAGCAUCUUGUUCGGUCUCGCCAGCCUCCUGGUCUCGGCCAGCGCCAAACCCGCAAAUGGCACUGUUUACAAGCACUUUGAUUGCGGUGUCGACAUCAGCCGCGCCAGUGAGCACUUCAACAACACCGUGCGCCUGAUGCACCAGGGUGUCUUCAAGGCACACAGCGGAACCCAGAUCGCCGGUCUCACUGUGCGCGCCGACGCAAAGAACCCCAUCAUCGUCGACUUUGCCAUGCACAUCAUCACCACAACCGCAAAGGCUGGCACCAUCACCCAAGCCAUGGCCGACAACCAGCUCGCCGUGAUGAACAAGGCCUACGCCCCCAGCAAUGUCCAGUUCAACCGCAUUGCGACCACUUUCACCGUCAACGACGCCUGGGCCGUUGGUCAAUCUGCCGAUGCCACCGCCAUGAAGAACGCCCUCCGCAAUGGCACAUACCGCACUCUGAACAUCUACUUCAUGACCGACCUGACCGGCAGCAUCCUCGGCACGUGCAGUCUCCCCACCGACAUUGGUCCCGGCACUCCAGCCCCCAGCACCUACAACAGCGACGGCUGCAUGAUCCAAGCCAACACCAUGCCCGGCGGCAACGUCUACGGCUUCAACCUGGGCAUGACCACCGUCCACGAGACCGGCCACUGGAUGGGUCUGCUGCACACUUUCGAAGGCUACGCCUGCACAGGCAACGGCGACUUCGUCAGCGACACACCCAUGCAGAGCACCAGCACUGAUGGAUGUCCUUCAAAGCCUCCCAAGGACAGCUGUCCCUCAGUCGCUGGUGUUGAUCCCAUCCACAACUACAUGGAUUACUCCGACGACUCGUGCUACACUGGCUUCACCGCCGGCCAGACCAAGAGAAUGUCAAACAUGUGGUCGACCUACAGAAUCGGUCGCUGA